UCGUAUACAAAUAUUUCUGUCUUUCCAGCAACCAGGAACUAAAAAAGUAGCCACGUGUCAAGAAAUUUGGUGAGCAAUCAAAUUAGGACUCGUGUAGUGUUCCUUUUAUUAUGUCAACUGAAACUUUUGAAGCUUCUUCUCCACUCCUCUGUUCUUGGAGUUCAGAAAAAAAAAAAAAAAGAAUAUCGAAUUUCUUCUGAUUCUUUGAAAGAUCACACGGAAAUCUUCUUCUUUCUUUAAAAUGACAAUUCUCUCCUUCUUCACCAGAGCUUCACGGGCUUUCAAUGCCUCCCCUGCUUCCUUUAAGCUUCUGCUUCUGUGUACUCUCAGUAGUGGAGGUCUUGUGGCCUACUCAGAAUCACAAGCAGAUGUUAGCAAAACUAGUGUUCAAAUGUAUGAAAAAGACUGCAAGAAAAAGAGAGUGGUGGUUCUGGGAACAGGAUGGGCUGGUAUUAGCUUCCUUAAAGAUCUUGAUGUUUCAACAUAUGAUGUUCAGGUUGUUUCACCUCGAAAUUAUUUUGCGUUCACCCCAUUAUUGCCUAGUGUCACCUGUGGAACCGUUGAAGCACGGAGCAUUGUAGAGCCUGUCCGAAACAUUAUAAAGAAGAGAAAUGAAGAAAUACAGUUUUGGGAAGCAGAAUGUAUUAAGAUUGAUGCUGCAAACAAGAAAAUUUUAUGUCGCUCUACCAUCAACAACAACUUGGUGGGAAAUGAAAAUUUCUCUUUGGAAUAUGACUACCUGGUUAUAGCAGUGGGAGCACAAGUAAAUACAUUUAACACCCCUGGUGUCCUGGAGAACUGCCACUUUCUGAAGGAAGUAGAGGACGCACAGAAGAUACGCAGGAGCGUUAUUGACUGUUUUGAAAAGGCUGUCCUUCCUGGACUAAGCGAAGAAGAACGAAGGAUAAACCUUCAUUUUGUAAUUGUUGGAGGGGGACCUACUGGUGUGGAGUUUGCAGCAGAGUUGCAUGACUAUGUUCAGGAGGAGUUGGUCAACUUAUAUCCUACAGUUAAAGAUCUAGUGAAAAUAACUGUGAUUCAAUCAGGGGACCAUAUUCUGAACAUGUUUGAUGAACGAAUAAGUUGUUUUGCUGAGCAGAAAUUUGGCAGAGAUGGUAUUGAAGUUCAAACUGGAUGUCGUGUUAUUAGUGUUUCCGAUAAGGAAAUCACUAUGAAGCUCAAGUCAAAAGGAGAGAUUUGUUCUAUUCCACAUGGAUUGGUUGUUUGGUCUACUGGUAUUGAGACUCGCCCUGUGGUGAAGGACCUCAUGGGGCAAAUUGGGCAGGCUAACAGACGUGUUCUAGCAACUGAUGAAUGGUUACGAUUAAAAGGAUGUGAAGAUGUGUAUGCCCUUGGUGAUUGUGCCACUAUAAAUCAGCGUAAAAUCAUGGAAGAUAUCUCUACCAUAUUUAAGGCUGCAGACAAAGAUAACUCUGGUCUCUUAUCUAUUAAAGAAUUUAAAGAUGUUAUAGAUGACAUCCUUGAAAGGUAUCCUCAAGUGGAACACUAUUUGAAGAGCAAACACCUGAGUGAUGUAACAGAUCUGUUGAAAGAUCCCCAGGGGAAUGAUAGAGAUGAAGUGGACAUUGAAGGGUUUAAGUUAGCCCUUUCUCAUGUUGAUUCACAAACAAAGAAUCUGCCUGCAACUGCCCAGGUUGCGGCACAACAAGGUGCAUAUCUUUCUAAAUGCUUCAACCGCAGGCAUCAGUGUGAAGAUAAUCCUGAAGGCCCACGGCGUUUCAGAGGGUCUGGUCGCCAUCAAUUCCAUCCAUUUCGAUACAAACAUCUUGGGCAAUUUGCUCCUUUAGGAGGGGAACAAGCAGCUGCUGAGCUGCCUGGAGACUGGGUAUCCAUCGGUCAUAGCACACAGUGGCUCUGGUAUUCUGUCUAUGCAAGCAAACAAGUGAGCUGGCGUACUAGGGUGUUGGUGGUAUCUGAUUGGACACGAAGAUUCAUUUUCGGAAGAGAUUCAAGCCGCAUUUGAGGCAGCAACAUGAGAACCUUGUAAAGAAGUUGGGGACUGACCAAUAUGGUGAUUAUGUGGCAACAUGAGAUCCAUAGUUAUAGUGUUUGCAUUGGCAUCUGUUGUAUAUGAAUAUUAACAUUCGUGUUGAUUGUGUGGCUGUUAAUCUCUUCACUAUACUAUCUCCCUGUCUUAUGUGCUUAUCAUCAUUAAUCAACAGAACAGAAAUAAUAUAUGCUGCUAUGCCAUGUUAGAAGGAAUUAUGGAGAGUAUGUUUGAGAAUCCAUGGAUCCUGCAUGGGGCAAACCAGCAAAGUCCACAAAUCCUGCUUGCCAUGAGAAGCAAUGUGCA